CCCCUAGCUGUCCCAGGCUGGCUCCAUGGCAGAUGUUCUCCAUGCCCUGUGCCGCUCACACAGGUCCGUGUGCGCACCUGCGUGGGCUGGCACCGAGCCCCUGCCGGAGGGGCUGCGUGGCACAGCAGGACGCGAGUGCGGGGUGAGGGUCGGGACUGGUGGGUGUGACAGGGUGUCGCCAAGGGCAGGUGGUGACACCCCGAGUGUGCCCGGUGUGGGGGAAUGGAACGGGAUGCAGCCGGAUGGAGCGGGAGCCUGAGAGUGUGGUGGGCGUGCGGGGCGCACCCCCUCGGACCGGCCCGGGUUUAUUUAUGGCCCCUCCUCGCUGCGGGCAGGGCGUUAUCAGCCCAGGUCCAGAGAGCGGGGCUGAGCCGGGCUCGGUUCGCGGCCUUGGCGCUCCCCCGGGCCCGCGGGGGGAGCGCGGUCUCGGCUCUGCCCAGCGCUCCGGCCCGGCCGCGGCCCCUCCCCACCUCCCUUUUGGGGUCCCGUCCCACGGCAGAAACCCCCCGGGCGGGGGGCGGACGUGCCCCCGGCACUGCCUGGCCUUGGGGUCCGGGGCAGGAGCAGGGAGCGGGCACCGGGCGGACAAUGCUGUGACAUGGCGGGAUGUCCCGGGUUUGCGGGGUGCCCAUGGAUUGCGGGGUGCCCGUAGAACUGCGAACUGCACAGGAUAACAGAGUUCCGCGGGAUCGCGGCUGUGCCGCUCUGGUUCUCAGCGCUGCUGCGGCUGGAGUGCAUUCGCAGCUGGUCUGGGGAGCAGCUGGCUGGUCCCGCAUUCCCCCGGCACCGGGCUGGGGCUGCCCCGGCCGCUCCCUGAGAACCUGCCGCGGCCGCCCGGCCCCGCCCUCUACCCUUCCUCGGGAGGAGGAGGAGGAGGAGGAGGAGGAGGAGGAGGAGGAAGAAGAGAAGGAGGAGGCAGCAGCGGAGCAGGAGCAGCGCUGGAAGGAGUGGGAGCGGGACAGCUCCGACGGGACGGGGGAGCCCGGCUGUGCCCACAGCAGGCAAAGGGGUCGUGCGGCCGCGUGAGCUCUGCUGUUCCGGUCCCAGCGUGGCCUGAGUCCCGUCCCCGUGUGCUCCCCGGUGGAGGGACAGCUUUGGGAUCUGCUGUGCUGCAGGAAUAGACCUUCCCCACAACCUGCCGCCUCUCUACCAGCUGUCGGACUCAUCUCUCAUGCCGGGGAAGCUGAGGCGCGGCAGACGCGAUGUGCUGGGGGAGAAGCAGUGGCGGAGCCUGGAGGAGAGGGGAAGUGCCCAGCUGGAGCAGCCCAAGCUCUCCAGAUCCAGGACCUAUGAGUCCUCCUGCAAGGAGGCAGAGCAGGCGGCCACGGGCAGGCAGGGACCCCCAUCCCCCUCGCUGAGCAAGCAGGACAGCAGCUACCGCCGGGCCUUUGGGGAGCUCGCCGAGCAGGACGUGCUGCUGGGCUGCUUCUCAUGCGCCUGGCAGAGAGAGAUGCCCUACCACGGCCGCCUCUAUGUGUCCUCACGCCACAUCUGCUUCCACUCCAACCUCCUGCUCAAGGACAUCAAGGCUGUUGUCCCUGUCACCUCCAUCUCAGCCCUCAAAAAGACCAACACGGCGCUGCUGGUGCCCAACGCAGUCAGCAUUCGCACGGCCAAGGGGGAGAAGUUCCUCUUUGUGUCGCUGCGCCAGCGAGAGGCCACGUACCAGCUCCUGAGGUCGGUCUGCAAACACCUGCAGGUACGCAGGGAUGGAUGGGGAGGGGGACUCCAUCCACCCAUUGCAGGGCACCUCCCUUCACCUCUCCUUGUCCAGGACAGUGGCCAGAGCCCUCGAGACUCAUUGAACAAUGGGGAAACCCCUAGGAAGUCUCAGUCAGAUGUGGAAGAGAGCACCCCGGAGCCCAACAGCCUCCAUGAAUCCCUGGAUGAGCCAAACCCCAGAUCGAGGCAAGCGGAGGACGAGGAUGACGAGGUGGCCCUGCUGGUUCCCAGCAGCAGCGAACGGGUGCCCUCAGCAGAGACACGUGGCCUCUGGGGGGGACCCCAUACCGUGGUCUGGGCCAGAGCCACUGCACUUUGGUCCCAGCUAAAACCCCAGCUGAGCCCUGUCAACAUCAUCAUCCUCAUCUACCUGCUGCUCAUGGUGGCCUUGCUGCUGUCCUCGGGGUACAUCGGUCUACGCAUCGCGGAGCUGGAGCAGCAGCUGGAGUUCGUGGGGGCUUGGCCAGACCUCAACCUGUCACAAAAGUACAAGACAACGUGAGGCCACUGAGGACCAUGACCAUAGCUCCAGCCAGGGGUUCAGGGGCUGCUCUGAGCCCUUCCUUCCUUGGCCUCUCAGGGGGUGCUCUGUCACCAAGUGCCUUCCAGCCCCCCGCAUGUUCUGGGAAGCCCAUGUGUGUUGUGAGGCUCCAUCUCACUGCCCCGUGUCUGCCCAGCAGAGGAGACCCAGGGAGCUCCCAGCAGGGCACAGGGCUGGAGUCAGCACCAACCCCCACCCAGCCCUCCCUGCUAAAGGGGGCAGGCAGAGGGGGCCAAGCCCCAGGCAAGGCAGGGGCACAGAGAAUAGAAUAUUCUAUUAAUAAAGAUUAAUAAAAUCUG